UGCAGCGGCCGCUUUUAGCUUCGCUUUUUCUUUCCUCCUUGUUGUGACGUGUAUUUUGGUCAAUUGAAAUUGGCUUAAAUUUUAUUAAAAAGUCAGAAAAUUGCCUUAAGAUGUUGAACGUAGCCACUCAUAUGGAUUAUGAAGGACAAGGCCGCGCUGAAAGACUUUCUCGGGUAAUCAUCACUUUGUUUGGGGCAGUCGGACUUAUCUGGGGAUAUGUGAUCCAGCAGUUCUCUCAAACAGUCUACAUUUUGAUUGCCGGUGUCCUGCUGGCUUCAAUUCUGACUAUUCCUCCGUGGCCGAUGUAUCGCCGUAAGCCACUUAACUGGCAAAAGGCUCGCCCGGAAUCACAGUCUACCGCAACAGGUGGUGAUAAUGAAACAAGCAAGAAAAAGAAAAAAUAGUUUAAUUAAUUUAAUUUAACAUUCAAAUUUAAUGUAUCGAAAACAAUAAACUACCAUAAACAUAAGAUUAAGCAUU